UAUCACCUGAGAAUGACCGUCACGUUUCCGGAUAUCACGGUUGGUGUGCUGGCGCUCCAAGGCGCUUUCAGCGAACAUGUGCAAUUGCUGCGAUUGGCGGCUAAAAGUCUCGAGCAGCGGAAAGCAGUGCAUGUCAAGUGGGGUUUUAUCGAGGUCAGAACGCCACAGGAACUGGCAACAUGCGACGGCUUGAUUAUUCCUGGUGGUGAGAGCACGGCCAUGGCUCUAGUUGCAGCACGGUCCGGCUUAUUGGAACCGCUGAGAGAGUUUGUCAAAGUCCUCCGCAAACCCACCUGGGGAACCUGUGCAGGUCUCAUCCUGCUUGCCGAAUCGGCCAACAAGACGAAAAAAGGUGGCCAAGAUCUCAUCGGAGGUCUCGAUGUACGCGUGAACCGCAAUCACUUCGGCAGGCAAGUGGAAAGCUUUCAAACAGAUCUUAGCCUUCCUUUUCUCGGCGAUGCGAUCGACAAGGACUCGAGCGAGCCAUUCCGCUGCGUCUUCAUUCGAGCACCAGUUGUUGAAAAGGUCUUGCCACACAGGGAAGGCAUACAAGCAGAGGAGGCAGAGCAAGAUGCGACAGUCGUUGCUCCGGCACAAACACCAGCGGAUGAGUUAGCAAAAGAGGCACUGCAAUCAGAGGUUGAGAUUAUGGCUAAUAUAUCCACGCGGAAUACUGCCCUCCAGCAGAACCAAGAGCACGAGCAUGCAGGCAACGAAGAUAUCAUUGCCGUACGCCAAGGUAAUGUCUUUGGCUGCAGCUUCCACCCCGAGUUAACGGCCGACCCUCGGAUACAUGUAUGGUGGCUGGAGGAAAUUCUGAAGGCUGUUCAGCGAAGGCAGGAAUUUGUUGACCGCACUGUACUGUCAGUCUCAUGA